AUGUGCUUUGCGUGGGCAAUCGGCGUCAACAUUUCAACCGCCAUCCUAUUCGGUCUUCCCCAGGAGUUGGGAGGCUACGGCUAUAGCUUCACUCAGUUGGGAUACCUGCACUUCGCCCCUAUCGUUGGCGUUUUCCUAGGCGAGAUUUUUGGUCACUUCUUCAACGACUAUCUUACUCGACGGUACGUCCGAAAGCACGGUGGAGUUUUCGAGCCUGAAGCUCGUCUCGUAACAAUUUACAUAUCGGCAAUUCCCAUGAUUGCUGGUCUAGUCUUGAUGGGACAGGCUCUUCAUAAGCAUCUUUCCGUCGCUGCAAUCGUCGUAGGAUGGGGCAUGCAUGCAUUUGGAAUCAUGCUUACAUCCGUGGCCGUGGCUUCGUACCUCUUGGAUGCGUACCCGUCUGCUCCAGCAGAGGUCUGUGGUUUGACCAAUGUAUUCCGAGCUUUGAGUGGUUUCAGUGUAGGCUAUUAUCAGCAGCCAUGGGGAGCCAAGGUUGGAUAUGAUGUGAGCUUCGGGACUCAAGCAGCUAUUGUAGCUGCAAGCAUGAUCCUUAUUGUUAUCGUUCAUCGAUUUGGUCAUGGACUCCGUUUGAAGUUUGGCCAGAUCAGGUAA